GCAAAAAACGUUAACAAAGAGUGUUCUCCGUUUUUAUGGGACACACUAUAAAUACCGUUCCUCUCUCUCUCACUUCAAUUCAAUCCAUUCAUCACUUUCAUCAUUCAUUUUCUCUUUCUAAUUUUUCACUUUUAUUUUCAAUCUUCAAUUUUCAUUCUUUGAUUUUCUUUCAUUCAUUUUUUCAAUGGCGUUUAAGAAAACCCUAACUCAACGCCUCUUAAGCAUAACCAAAAUCUCAUCACAAUCUUUAUCUAACUGUCGCAUUUCAUCUUCUUCUCUUCAAUCACGAACUCCUUCCACCGCCGCUCACCGCGACAUUUCUCCGGAGCCGGGAGAUUCAACCACCGAUGGCGUUUUCCGUAGAUUUCUCCACAAAAGAGCCGGAUUCCAACCGGAGAUCGGACAGAGGAAUCCUUCUUCCGCCGAUGGACUUCUCCAGAAACUUCGGGAGAUGGACAUUACGAAAAGCCGGAUCCGAUUGGACGGUUUGAGUCCUCCGGAAACGGAGGAAUCGACGGUUGAAGUUGAAGAUGUUAGGAAAUUGUUGAGAGCGGCUCAGCUUGAAUGUGUGAAAUCGAAGAUUAGGAAGAUUCCGCAGAGUUGUGUUAAUUAUUCGGAGUUUAUUCAAAUGUGCGGUGAAAAUUGUUCCGAUCAAGAACAAGCGAAGAAGAUUGCGAAGAUACUCGAUGAUUCAGCGACUGUGAUUAUCUUAGGCGACGUCGUUUUUCUCAAACCUGAACAGGUAGCAAAAACAAUCCAGGCUCUACUCCCUGUACCAGGACCAAAGCCAAACGAGGCAGAAAGAAAAGAACUCGAGGAAAUGGAGAAAGAGAAAGUAGCCAUUGACAACAGAGCUGACAAAAUGGUUCGCCGGGAACUCUGGGGAGGACUCGGUUUUCUUAUGGUGCAAACAUUAGCAUUCAUGAGGCUUACAUUCUGGGAACUUAACUGGGAUGUAAUGGAGCCUAUAUGCUUUUAUGUGACCUCUAUGUACUUCAUGGCCGGCUACACAUUCUUCCUCAGAACAUCAAAAGAACCUUGCUUUGAAGGUUUCUAUCAAAGCCGUUUCAGCACUAAGCAGAAGCGUUUGAUGAAACUUCACAAUUUUGAUAUUGCAAGGUAUAAUCAACUUAGAGAUGCUUCACCACUAGCAUCCUCUUCUGAGUUGAAUUCAAAUAUUGUUCAUCCAUUGAACCAUUUUCAUAGAAAUCUUUGACCUGUAUAGGUCUUUGGUAAUAGCCGUAUUCAAUGUAUUAGAUUACGAGACUGUAACAAAACAACGUAGUAAAAGAAAAUCUUACAAUAUGAUUAUGUGGAUGUUUGGUAUCGUAGUGGAUUUGUCAGAAUCUUGAUGCCACCGUGAUUCCAAACAUGCGCGAGUGAGAUAGAUUUAGACGCGGCGGCUUUAUGUAUAAUAGUUACACAAUGAUCUUUUUGAUAUACAACAUAGUAAACCUUUUUAAACAGCAA